CCUAAGUGGCCGGAAAGCUGGUUGGAGUCAAAUUUCAUUUAUAUAACAACAGUUUCGGGAUGAUUUAAGUCUAAGCAAAUAAUGGCUUUUCCUACGACUGACUGGUCUGUAGUUAUUGCGGAUAACAAGACAAGCAGAACAAUUAAAACUCUGUCUCCGUGUGCUUACACUGACAGCAAAGGCAUAGAACGAUUGGCGACAUUUUCCGCACUGUCGAAUAAUGUUAUCAUAGAGAAGAUAUUUGCCGUCCGACUCGCGUCAUCUGGAUGUAUAUUCAAUGCUGAAGAGAAUUUCGUAGAAUGCACAGAGUGUGGAAAAAAAACUACAUUGGCCAAAGUUUGGGCGAUCACGACCCUCUCCGACGAAAGGACUUUUCAUACAUGCAGGCCAAUGUGUUGUGGUUUAUUGGCUUACAUAAUGAAACAGGAGAAUGAAGAACGAGAAGGAAUCUGCAACGAACGGUCAAACUAUGCUGAACUUGUUCAGAUAUAUGGCAUUGUACUUCGAGAGUAAGCGAGAAGCAUAUUCAAAAGAGAACAUAUAUAUACAAAUAGACCUAUUUUGUUUGACAAUGCCAGACACAAAUAUAUGAUGUAAUAUAUGUCGUUAGUUUUAAAUCUAAUUGUGAUUUGCGUAGUGUUUAUGUACUUGAAAUUAAAACAUAUUUACAACUUU